AUGAACGAGUUAGCCUACGGACUCGAAGAAGAGAACCGGCAUUGGGAUGAUUUCAGAGAAGUCAUUGGUAUCUUUCAUAAUCUGAAAGGAUACGAUGGCGUCUUUCUUCAAGAACAGAUGGUGAAAGAAAAACGACGCUUUGAAUUCAUCAUCCCUAACGGAACCAAAGAUCUGUGCAUGCAAGUGGGAAAGACCGUCUAUAAAGACAGCAUGUGUUUCCUCCCCAUGGCGUUAUCAGCCUUUUCGAGUACUUUUGGUAUUUCCAAACUUAAAAAAGGAUUUUUCCCUCACAAAUUUCCUACAUCGGAACAUCAGAGUUACGUAGGCCCGCUUCCUGCAGCCGAAUUCUACGAUCCCGAUGGUAUGAGUGAAAAGAAAAAACAAGAGUUUGAAGCCUGGUACGAACAAGAGAAAAGAAAAAAUCGUCCGUUUCACCUCAAGAAAAAACUGAGUUUCAUCAGUAAGUUCUGCAUUCCUACAAGGAAAGGAGAAAUGUCCAACUCACAUUUAUGUCCAUAUAACGAGUGCUUAUGUCCACUGAAGGUCUUAAUGUUAACAUGGCAUUAA